UGGCCGGAAUAAGUUUUUGUUUGUUGAAGUGUUUUUCGUUUUUUUAAAUUUAUUUUAGACAGAAUUUGAAUUUAUUUUUAAUUUUGUAAUAAAGGAAUAGAGGAGUAACAUAGGAAUAGUUUCCCACAUCUGCACCAUGAGUUCCAGCAGAAAUAUGACUGAAACUGAAGAUAUAAAUGAUGAAAAUUUAGAUUAUUUAAUACAUACCAUAUCAGAAAUAUUAACUGCUUCGCAAGUUACAAAGGCUUGCCAUCAGCGAAACGUGUCUCAAUUAAGCAAACUUUUGGAAACUACCGAUGUGGAUUUAUUCUUCAAAGCUUUCCAAUAUCCUUUAUGUAAAGUACUGAAAACGGAUAUUAAAGCGAAAAAUCCUUUCUGUGAUCGACUGGUAGAAUUUCUAGGAUUAUUUUUAUCACAUGAGUACAGAUUUGAGAACGAGAUCAUAAAUGAAGAUUCUCUGUUUUAUAAAGCUUUCAAAUAUUUGUUGGAGGCUAGUCAGUGUGUUGAUGAGGGAAUAAGGUACAAAGCUAGCCAAACCAUUUCCUGUCUUUUUGACAAUUUAGUUGGAAAAGAUAUAAAUGAAGAAAUUAUUACGGAUCUCGAAUCAGUUUUUUUAGAACGACUUUAUGACUCAAAAACUGCGAUCAGGCUUCUAGCAAUCAGAAUCCUUUAUCGUUUACAAGAUCCAGAUGAUCCAGAAAAUAGCAUUUGUAAUGACUUUUUAAGCAUAAUUAAAGGAGAUGGACAAGCGAGGGUGAGAGAGUUGUGUAUUGAAAAAAUAAUUCUGAACAAAGAAAGUAUUGAACGGUUAAUAAAACGUACGAGAGAUAUAGAUACUAAAGUUAGAUUGAUGGCUUUCAAAAAAUUGAGUAAUGUUCUGAGAUGUAUCUCGAUUAGUGACAGAAGAACUAUUUUGAUCUCUGGAAUAUUUGAUUUAAGUGAAAUAAUACAAAAUUAUAUUUAUACCGGAUUUUUAAAUGCAUGGUUGCAAUCUUUCAAUUAUGAAAUUCUCGAUUUAAUGGAAUCUGUACGUCUUGAUGGUGACCAAAGGGAUAUUACUGAGACUGAGAACCUUUUUAAGCAUAUUCUUACCAAAUUUUAUUUCAAAUCAAGAAGUCUACAGGAAACAAAAGAUGUCUUGAACUUAAAUAAAGACAAAAUAAUACCUUAUGAAAAUCUGAAUUGGGAAACGAUAAGUUUUUGGAAAUUAUUUGUAGAGUUUCUCAAAGAAAACGAAAAAUUCGAGGACGAAGUUGAAAAUGUCAUUCCAGAAGUAGCUUAUUUUAUGACAUAUAUUAAAGGGUUUCUUGAAACUAAUGACUACGCAGAUAAUUUUAUCGAAAAACAAUUUAUCCUGAAUCAGUUGUUUCAUAUGUUAAAAUUUUAUGAUUAUUCCGAUCCGCCAACUCGUCAAUCGUUAAACAAACUUGUCAGCUACGCUUUAAAAAAAUUUGAUUUUGUGGACGAAGUUGUUGAAGAAAUUAUUGAUUGUUUAAAACUGUCUAUUCCGGAUGCAGAAUUAAGGUCUCGUUUUGCUUGUGAAAUAAUAUCGGAUUUAUUGUAUCCCGUCGAUGUAGAGCAAGCAGUGGUGUUAGAAAACCAAAGAGAAGUCAAAUUAGCUAAGUUAAAAACAGAUAUAAUUGUUCUACAAGGAGAACAGCAAGACGCCGUUGCAAAGACUGAUUAUUUAGAAGCAGGCAGACUUAAAGAAAAAAUCGACUACCUUAACGUUCAGUUAAGUAACUUGAAGAACGAAGCUGUAAGAUCUGCCUCGGAAGAAGUAAAAAAGAAGACUGAUUUGCUGACAGUUAAUAAUUGUCUGAACAUUGCGUUUGGUAUUUUAAGGACACUAGGAAUGUCACAGUUAACUUCUUCGCUGAAAUCUUUGAAGGUGGACGUGAUCGAAGAGUUUUUAACGUUCAACAACGAUAUUGUGAGGAUGAAAGCAUUCAGGUGUUAUGCCAUUUGUUGUAUAUAUGAUAAGGCAACUGCCAUGAAUGGAAUACACAUGUUUGCUUUGCCAAUAGCCGCUUAUCAAGCUGGUGAAGAGUGCGACAUGCAACUUUUAAUAGUGUGCAUUGGCGCUGUGGUAGACUUGAUAAGGAUAUACGGAGCAGAUUUGAUAGCUGAGCCAGACCAAGAUCAACUUUCUGACAGCGUGAACGAAGAGCACAGACAAAUAUUUUCUGGAGGCACUUCCCUCACACAGCUCAUACAGGGAUUGGUCGAUUUGAUGGACGAUUCUCAAUACGAAAUUCAAGAAAUUGCUGGUAAAGGAUUAUGUCAGUUGAUUUUAAAUGAAAGGAUCCACUCUUCUUCUCUGUUAUGUAAACUUAUUUUAAAAUGGUGUAAUCCAGCAGAUGAAGAUGAGCCUGAAACCGAACCAUUGAGGCAACUUAUAGCCUACACUUUGGGCAAGAUUCCGUACCUAUCACGAAAUUUAGAACAGCUGAAAGACGCCUUUUUAUUGACUGUUAGAAUUCUGGUCAGCGCCCCGAAAACCAGUCCUUUAUCUGAAGUGGACAUAGAUAAUGUUGUCAAGUUUAUGUUGGCUCUAUGCGACUCAUCUCCUAUCGGUCCACAUCUGCAUUCUGGCAUAGCUAGAGAUCUAUGUUCUCACAUGUUAUCAAAACCAAACAGCAAGUUGAAUUUAGUGUACUCCAAAAUAUUAACUACACUAAAUAUUCCGGAGGACCCUGCUUUGCGUGAGGAUCUGUUAGAUUCUUGCGAGACAAUUAUGGAGGAAACGUCUACAAAAAAAGUAUUGGCUAAUUUAACGAAAUUUAGAGCCAGUUUGGUUGUACCCAUUGUGGAAGAAUGCAAUACAAGAAAAACUACUUCAGUUGAUGAGGUUUUAGAAAUUGAAGAGUGAACUCUAAUAUAUUUUUGUUUUAAAGUGAAGCAGUUGUCUGUCCUUGUCUAUUUAUAAAGUGUACUUUUUAAGAUGAAACAAUUUCUAUGUAACUUUUGUCAUACAUGAUCCUGCAACAGUGCAUCGGGCAUCUGUAGAUUCUAUGAUAUAAUUGACUUGUACAGGGUGGUCGAAAUUGGUCUGUUUUAACAGAGAAAACCUAUUUCCUGACUAGAUAGAGCAAAA